AACGCCUGUCGGUAAUCGACACUCAGUGUCUGUUCCCCCGUCUGCUCCACGCAGAAAAGCUUAAACUUUUCACAGCGUUCGUAUUUGUUUGUUGCCUGUAUUUCAGGGCAAUGAUUGCAGCGCACCUGUUUCGACCAGCACGAGGCGCUUUAUGCCUUGCGAAUCGUUCAAUUUCUACAAGCGCACGGAUAAACUCGGAGAAGAUCUACGAGCUCCGUACAUACGCCAUCAAGCCGAAGGAUUUUAUUGACUACAUGCGCCUCACCUAUGACCAUAUUGGGUUGAGAACAAAUCACUCCAAGUUGUGUGGAUUUUGGGCAACAGAACUUGGAGGAUUAAACCAAGCAGUACAUAUCUGGGAGUAUGAUAACUUUGCACAUCGGACAGAGGUACGGAAAGCACUCAGCCAGGAUGAAAAGUGGCAAAGUCAAUACAUGGCUAAAAUGAUGCCGAUGCUACAAAGACAGGAGAACCUCAUAAUGAAAGCUGUCCCUUGGUAUGAGAUGCAAAAGUUCCAGUCCAGGGGAGGUAUUUAUGAGCUGCGUGCUUAUACUUUAAAGACUGGUAAAUCUGAGCAGUGGGCACACCGCUGGUUGCAGGGCCUGCCAGCUCGCUGCAAAUACUCAGCUCCUGUUGGAGUCUGGAUGUCUGAGAUUGGAACUCUAAACCAGGUUAUUCAUCUGUGGCAAUAUGACAGUGCUGAUGAACGAGUACGCAUCAGACAGGAAGCUUUCAAAGAAGAAGAAUGGGCUGAAACAGUGCGAGACUGUGGAGAGUUUGUUAAAAAGAUGACAUCAAAGAUCCUGAUCCCAACUAACUUUUCACCCUGGAAAUAAACACCUGUUCACCAAGCCAGACUAUGACAGGCAGAAGGAAAAAAAAUCAUAUGUUGGAAUAAAUAGACAUUUAAGGUAUUUUAAAAGGGUACAACAACACAUUAGUCCAUGGAAGAAAAUGGCGAAUACAGUUCUAAGAUAACAACUCUUUAAUGGUUCCAUUCUCUCUGAGUGUUUGUGCUUGUAAUUCAUUUUGUAUUCCAAGAAAUAAAAUCAGGCUGUGUAUAUACUGUGUAUAUACUGUGUA